CUGACGCAACACUAUCAAGUCAGCCAGGCAUAAUAACCUGAUGAUUGUGCAAUAAAGCCUGAACUGUUUUUAAAUGUAACGUUGCGUCCAUUUCGCUUGCACGGACAGUACGGUACAGCACGUUAUUCGAGCUACUCUAAUUUUUUAAAAAUGAACAAAAUUAUUCUGUUAUUGUGCGCGCUGUUUUACCGACAAGUUUUGUGUGGUGAUGUUGGACCUAUCGGAGGGUUUAUAAGGACGAAUCUGAUUGGUCAUCCUGUCAUCCAUGAGGAACAGAGUUGGAUAUUCGAUCCUGACGUUGCUGUACGAAGGAGUAAACAGUUUAUCGAACUUAAUGGUGAUAAAGGCGAGAAAUUAAUUGAGAGACUCGGUUUGGGUAUCGAUGGAUAUGACGAAGAAAGAUUAAAAAUACAAAGGGCAAGAGACGAAGGACAUUUGGGUGGUUUAAAUGCUUUUUUACCUUAAAAUUUAUUAGUUUAAAAAGUAGUUUAGGAGUUUAAAUUUAUUUUGGGUUUUCUAGUCUACAAUUGUAUUUAAGGAAGUAAAGACGCUGGUAGAAUAUAUUUUUUUUAUUUGUUAACAACAAAUUUGCCGAAACAAUCUAUUAAACACAUCAUCACUCUCUUAAGUACUGAUAUUAAAAAUAUAUAGUAAUUGUUAAAUAAUUUAAUAUAAAUUAAGUGUGAAACAAUGUAUUUGCGGUUUUCCUCGACCAAAAAUGGCGUUACUGGUGCUCUGAAAAGGUUAAGUGAAACAAAAGAAGGUUAAUUAAACAAAAAUAUCUUUGUUUAUUUUCAAAAGAAAUUAUUUUGUGACUUUGUAUUUUAUCCUUAUACAACAGUUUGAUAAUUCAAUCUUAAUAUCGGUUUAGUAGUUUUUGAGUUUAUUAAUAGUUUACAUUCGCACCUAAGUAACAGCUAAGUAAACAAAACAAUUAAGUUAUCAGUAUUUUUACAAAUGUAUACUUUAGUUUUUCCUUAGCAAUGAAACUGGCGACCUUCGAUUUGUUUUUGCAAUACAUCUAAAUAACGCAUGACCUCAGAAUUAUUCUUUGAAAAUAUAGAAAUAUAACCUUUGUAUAAUGUCACUAUACAUUUUAGAAACAAUAUAAGUUUAUAUUGACAUCUCAUUUAUUUCAAGGUGUAAGAAAGGGAUGUGAACAUUUUUUUGAUAGAUGCGUCAGGUGUUUUUUGUCUAUGCAAUAAAAUAAAAACAUAAUUAAUAUGAGUGAAAGUGAAUUUACUUUUGUCGUUUCGAGAUGAUCCUGUGUUAUCGAACUUAAAGAGAUUAGGAAAUGUAAUCUUUUAUUUAACUAUUUGGAACAUACAUUUGGACCGACUAUAUGCCCAUUUAUCAAGGAAAACUGACCCGGUGUGUACAAACUAAAUUAUGAUAGCUCACUAGCGCCCUUCUGUCAAUUCCAAAAAGUGUACAAGGUCAAACAAGGUCCUUUUCGUAAGAGCUGUUAUAACAUGUUUUUUUUUUUUUAAUUUUAUUGAUUCUAUUGCCAUGUAGGUUUUACUUUCUGAACUUACCGCGACAGCAGCGACUCUCAUCAGGCCAGAUAUCGUUGUUUGACUAUUGACAAAAGGAGAGAUAAAUUAACUUUGAAUUGUUAUUACAACCUUUUAU